UCAUAAAUUAUUUACCGAAUCAUCAAAAAAAACAGGCAUCACACCUGCAAGGUUUUGCAAAUAUGAUGCCUGGUUUUUCUCCCAACGAGAUGGACUCUGAUGCAGUGGAGGAGGAGGCAUCAACUUCACAGCAAGCAACGACUGCAAUAUUUACCAACAAUGCAACAGCGACAACAAGCAUAAAUGCCACCAAGAGACAACGGCUCGAAACCACCGUAGAUUUGAAGGACUUGGAGUCCUCUGAAUUAAGGGAAAGAUUAAAAAAACACAAGCAGAUGGACGACAAUCAAUUUGGUAUACUUGGGGUUCUUACCCAGGUUGAUUUUGCCUCCGUAUCUGCUCCAUCAACUCAAGCCACACAGGCUGCCAAAGGCAACAACAACAAUAGCAACAAUGACAAUGCACCAAAAUUAAAAUGGUGCCCACCAAUAUUCCUUUUUAAUGUGAAUGUCAAAGCUCUAGUUGACUCCUUAAGAGAUACAAUUGGGACAUCUGCUUUUAAGGAAAAUUAAAUUAAAUGGAUACAACUUUAUUUAUGACAAUUCGC